UUCUGCCGUGUGACGUCGUCUUCACCUUCUCUUUCUUCCAAGCUUCUCUUCUUAAAAACCACUCUGCGUAUCUUUUCUCAAAGACUCAAAACCACGAUCUCUUUCUAUCAUAACCCAUUUCAAAUAAUAAUCAUCUUCUCUCCCUUCUGGCCUUGAACUUCAUCUUCUUCUGAUAAAGUUUCGAUCUUUCUGUUCACAAAGUAACUUCAAAGUGGAGAAACCUCGGUGGUAUAAUCUCUUCUCGACAAUGAAGUGUUUCAAGUUCUCUAGUGGUGACAAGAAAGAGGAACACAACAAGACUCCCAAGUCUGUCUCACUGACCUCCAACUUCUCCGACCGCGACAUAAACCGAAGCGGGUCGGAUUUCAACUCUCGAGAUGCCUCUGGGACGAGCACGGAGUCGUCCAUGGGGAGGAAGAACUCGUACCCUUCAACGUCUGCUAGAGAAAGUAAUCUCAGAGAGUUCAGCGUUACUGAUCUCAAGGCUGCGACUAAGAACUUUAGCCGCUCCGUUAUGAUUGGGGAAGGAGGGUUCGGUUGUGUCUUCAGGGGAACAGUGAGGGACUUGGAAGAUCCGUCGAUUAAAAUCGAAGUCGCGGUUAAGCAGCUCGGUAAAAGAGGGUUGCAGGGGCAUAAGGAAUGGGUCACGGAAGUGAACUUUCUUGGUGUGGUUGAGCAUUCAAACUUGGUGAAGUUGCUUGGUUACUGUGCAGAAGAUGAUGAACGUGGGAUCCAACGGCUUUUGGUUUAUGAAUACAUGCCAAACCGAAGCGUUGAGUCCCACUUAUCCCCUCGCUCACUCACAGUCCUUGCUUGGGAUCUAAGGCUGAGAAUCGCUCAAGAUGCAGCUCGUGGUUUAACAUACCUGCAUGAACAAAUGGAGUUUCAGAUAAUAUUCAGGGACUUUAAGUCCUCGAACAUUCUCUUGGAUGAGGACUGGAAAGCAAAGCUCUCUGACUUUGGCCUGGCUCGUUUAGGUCCAUCUGAAGGACUGACUCAUGUUACUACUGAUGUUGUAGGUACAAUGGGUUAUGCAGCUCCUGAAUACAUUAAAACGGGCCGUCUCACAUCCAAAAGCGAUGUGUGGGGUUAUGGAGUGUUCAUCUACGAGCUUAUCACAGGGAGGCGACCAGUUGACAGGAACAAACCUAAUGGAGAGCAGAAGCUUCUAGAGUGGGUGAGACCUUAUCUAUCAGACACAAAGAAGUUCAAGCUCAUAUUAGACCCAAGACUUGAAGGGAAGUACAAUCUUAAAGCAGUCCAGAAGCUAUCAGUUGUAGCCAACAGAUGUUUGGUUAGGAACCCAAAAGCACGUCCCAAGAUGAGUGAAGUGUUGGAGAUGGUGACUAAGAUUGUGGAAGCGCCUUCAGGGAGUGGUACUAGCCCGCAGCUAGUUCCAUCGAAGAGUCUAGAGACUUCUAGAGAUGUGGGAGGGAAAAAGAAGGUUUUAGAGACGAGGAACAAUGGUGGUGGAGGAGGUGAAGGAGGUUGGUUUGGCAAGUUAUGGAACCCAAAGGCAGUAGGAGCUUGUUGAUUGCUUGAGAUUUAACUUCUUGUUACAAACAGAGAAGUCUCACAAUGGGGAUCAAGAUCUACCUCAUAUACAUAUUUUAUAAAUGAAGAUUUUGUGAAAGAUGCUGAAUGUUAUAGUUUAAUGCUUGUAACCACAGCUGAGUUGGCGAGAUAUGUUUAUAUAGCUUAUCAGGACUCGGGAGUUUUGUUCCAAACAUGGAUAAAAACAGAAAACAAUCGUAGUUGUACUUUCGUAGUUAAAGUAUCUUUUAUAUUCUUA